CUAAGCCCUUUUCUUCUUCGAUUCUCCAUUUUCUUCCUCUCUGUUCCGGCGACGCUUCACAUCGUCGUUCCAAUCCUCUCCGGCAUCGAAACUCGGUGUCUCCUUCUUCUUUUUCUUCUUUCUACAUUCCUAUGGCGGGAGGUGAUGGUCAGGUGUCUCUUUCGCUUGAGAAACAGUUCGAGAAUUUCCGUGUUCAAUUGGAAGAAUCUGCAGCUUUGAGAGAGCAGAUUCGUGCUGUGGUUAUGGAGAUUGAGUCCGCUACUAGGCUCAUUCAAGCUAAUCUUCUUCUCGUUCAUCAAUCGCGACCUAUUCCUGAGGUUAUCGAGAAAGCGAAGGAAAAGAUUGUUGAUUUGAAGAAGUUUUAUGGUCGGCUUGCUGAAAUUCUUCAGGAGUGUCCUGGACAGUACUAUAGGUACCAUGGAGACUGGAGAAGUGAAACACAGGCAGUGGUCUCACAGCUUGCUUUUAUGCACUGGCUAGAAACUGGAACUCUUCUUGUGCAUACGGAAGCUGAAGAAAAACUUGGGUUGAAGAGUUUGGAGUUUGGAUUGGAGACAGAAGAUUAUCUCACUGGAAUUUGUUUCAUGUCCAACGAUUUGCCUAGGUACGUGGUUAAUCGAGUGACAGCAGGAGACUAUGACUGCCCAAGAAAGGUGAUGAAUUUCUUGACAGAUCUUCAUGCAGCCUUUCGCAUGCUCAAUCUCAGGAACGAUUUCCUGCGCAAGAAAUUCGACAGUAUGAAAUAUGACCUAAGAAGAGUUGAAGAAGUUUACUACGAUGUCAAGAUCAGAGAUUCUGUCUUGAACUUGAACGAUCUCUUAUCCAUAUCUUCAACUAACACAAAUGUUGAUGAGAGUCUUGGUCAUUCAAUAGAGGAUAAAAUGAGUGACAUGAAGCAUUUCCUAAUGGCUCCUAAUCAUGACAAUCCUGCGGUGGACAGUUUCUUAGGUCUCGGUAUGGAGAAUAUGGGGUUAAGCUCCAAGAUGGAGGAAUUUUCUCAUGGAUUCGACUUUAGCUUUCUCCCAGAUUAUGGUGGACUAAACUCUUGUAGCACUCAAGAUGUGGAAGCAGGUUUAAAGUUUGAGAUUCUUGAUGGAUUUCUGGAUGGAGUUGAUGAAGUGGAAGAUAUCUACGCAUCACAUGAUCUUUCUUCUAUUGGUAACCAUUUCCUUCCAGAAACUGAAGUCAAGAAGAAAGUAUCUGAAUUAGAUGGUGACCCCUAUGGUCUUAUGGACUUGAGUUCAGAAUCUUUUUCUCCUGGAAUUAGUGGAAGCAUUGGACUCUCGGAGUGGUCAAAAGAAACUGUUCCACAUGCUGAAUCCCAGAAUGUAUCCAGCGAAAAAGUUAAAGAUAUUUUGGAUUCAAAUGAGUCAGAAGAUGACAAGAAACCACUCUCCACUUUUAUAGGCUCUUGGGUUAAACGAGGCAAAAAUCGGAAAAAGAAUUUGAUCAACACCGCUUGUAGGAGAUUAGAUUCUUCUCGUGAAAGAAUGUCUUGUGUGUCCUAUGACUUCAGGCCCCGGAAAGGACCUACGAAGAAAUACAUUCACAUUUCAGCGGAGAAUACAUUUUCUGAUGAUCAACUAGCUUCAUCCGAGAGUGAAGAUGACAUUUCUGUAGUAACAAAGACAUCCAGAACCAGAACUGACAGGAGAAAGCAUCAGAGGUUGUGGACUGUUGAUGAAGUAAUGAAGUUGGUUGAUGGUAUUUCUCACUUUGGUGUAGGAAAAUGGACCGAUAUAAAGAACCUCUUCUUUCAUUCUGCAGCGCACCGCACACCCGUUGAUAUCAGAGACAAAUGGCGUAAUCUACUGAAAGCAAGUUAUAACGAGAAGCAUAACUAUAGAGAGGCUGAAGAAAAACGAAAGUCAGUGGCUCGCUCUAUACCGAAGGAAAUUCUACAUCGUGUUAGAGAACUUGCUUCACUCCAUCCAUAUCCGUUCUCCAAAUCAUCUUGUUUCGUUCAUGAUUCCUCAAGAAGCCGAAGCACUUCAAGGAAGAAGAAGAAGAGGAGUUGAUAUUGAUAGUUUUCAUGGAGAAAGCCUAGAGAAGCUGUAAAGAUACUAAACUAAAAUCGACCCAAAUCGUCUUGGAAAGUAACUGUUUUAGGAUAUCAAUUUUAUCUGCAUCAUCAAGGUUGUUCCAUGUGAAGUUUCUGUUAAUGAAACCGAGAAUGACUU